AUACUGACGUAUUUCCUCUUGUUUAUGUGUGAACUGUUACAUUCACUGUUUAGUAGGCUAAUACUUUAAUAGAGUAUAGAAUAUAGAUCUAUCUAUAUUCUAGAUCGAUCUACCAUACAUAAUCACAAUGAUCUGAAACUAUCUUCUAGUAUCUAGAUCUAAUACUGUAAUAUAUUUAAUUCACAAUGGGAAAUACUGACACAAAACUCAAUUUCAGAAAAGCAGUUAUUCAGCUUACAACCAAAACCCAGCCUAUUGAAGCAAACGAUGAAGCAUUUUGGGAGCAGUUCUGGUCUGAGAGUGUCACUUGUGUCCAAGAUGUAUUUACACUCAUACCUGCAACAGAAAUACGAGCUCUGCGGGAAGAGUCUCCGUCAAAUCUAGCCACCCUAUGUUAUAAAGCAGUGGAAAAGUUAGUGGCAGCUGCAGAGACUGGAUGCCCUUCGCAGCGGGAACAACAAACUGUGUUGAAUUGUGUGCGCCUUCUGACACAUAUUUUACCAUACAUAUUUGAAGACCCAGACUGGAGAGGGUUUUUUUGGUCAACACUACCAGGUCAAGAAGAAGGAGAAGGUGACAGUCCACCAUUAGCACAGUCUUUAAUUGCAGCAACCUGUGACCUGCUCUUUUGUCCUGAAUUUACAGUAGCAACAUCAAGAAAGACUGGACCAGAUAAUCCUGAGGAUAUGGGAACAAUUGAUAGUUGUGAAUAUAUCUGGGAAGCUGGCGUAGGAUUUGCACACUCUCCACCACAUAAUUCCUUCCAUGAUCAAAAUAGAACAGAGCUUUUGAAGCUACUUCUGACUUGUUUUUCAGAGACCAUGUAUCUACCUCCUGUUGCUGAUGCUCAUGUUGUACCAAAUCAGUGGAUUCAGUUUUUCACCUCCACUGAAAACAGACAUGCUCUGCCUCUGUUCACCUCACUACUCAACUGUCUGUGCUCCUAUGACCCAGUUGGCUAUGGACUUCCCUACAAUCACCUGAUGUUCACAGACUCCCGUGAGCCUCUAGUGGAGGUAGCUCUCCAGGUUCUGUGUGUCACCAUAGAAAAUGAUUCCAAUUCUCAGCCAGUGUCAGUGGAUGGAACCAGUGGUGGUACAGCUAUGGACCAGACUAGCGAUAGUGGUGGUACAGAUAAUCUUUUCCUAAAUUAUUUGUCCAGAAUUCAUAGAGAAGAGGAUUUUGCAUUUAUAUUGAAAGGUAUUACUAGACUGCUGAAUAAUCCUUUGCAGCAGACAUAUCUUCCAGGCUCUUAUAAGAGGAUUCAGUUUCAUCAAGAGUUACUGGUGCUAUUUUGGAAGAUGUGUGACAUAAAUAAGAAAUUCAUGUUCUUUGUUUUGAAAAGCAGUGAUGUUUUAGACAUUCUGGUUCCUAUUCUUUACAAUUUGAAUGAUGCCAGAGCUGACCAGUCAAGAGUUGGAUUAAUGCACAUUGGAGUUUUUAUCUUACUACUUCUGAGUGGUGAAAGAAACUUUGGUGUUCGUCUCAAUAAGCCAUACUCUGUCAGAGUACCCAUGGACAUUCCUGUCUUCACUGGGUCACAUGCUGAUUUUCUCAUUAUUGUAUUCCACAAAAUAAUAACAACAGGACACCAGCGUCUACAACCUUUGUUUGACUGUCUCUUAACCAUCAUAGUUAAUGUGUCUCCCUACUUGAAAACACUGUCAAUGGUGGCCAGCACAAAACUUCUUCAUUUACUGGAGGCAUUCAGCACACCUUGGUUUUUAUAUGCCAGUGCAACGAAUCAUCAUUUGGUAUUUUUCUUGCUGGAAGUCUUCAACAAUAUCAUUCAGUAUCAAUUUGAUGGAAAUGCCAAUCUAGUGUAUACAAUAAUUCGAAAGAGGAAUGUCUUUCAUCAAUUAGCCAAUUUGCCCAUUGAUCAUUCAGCCAUAGCCAAAGCCAUGACAAAGCGUGGAAAAAAAUUUGCUGCUCCUCCACAGGACACCCAUGACCCACAGACGAUGGAAGGAGCUCAGCCAGCACUAGAGGCUGAACCAGGGACAUUGAAAGUGACAUUAGCUGCUACUCCACGUAUUGAUAAAAUGACAGAAAGAUCAGCACCAGAUGAAAACCACCAGCCCCAAGAGUCUGCUCUCGAAGAGAAAACCUCAGCUGUUCAACCACGCAAUGAGAUAUGUAGCCAUGAGAGUGACCAGGAGAAGUGCUCAUCAUCUCAAACUGAGCCAGCUACUAGUCCAAAGAACAAGUCAUCCCCAAAGCUAGAAAAAGCCAAAUGUUUGUCUUCACCCACCAAGACACCAAGCAUAACAGAUCACAAAGUAUCUUCACAAACAGAGUCCAAGCAGAUUCACAUUCCUAAGUCAGCAUCUUCUGGAGCUGCAUCAUGGGUAGCUUCUCCAGAGUGGGUUCAGUCUUGGAAACAAAAACUUCCUUUACAAACUAUUAUGAGAAUGUUACAAGUACUUGUUCCACAAGUUGAAAAGAUCUGCAUUGAUAAGGGCUUAACCGAUGAAACAGAGAUUCUGAAGUUUCUUCAGCAUGGAACUUUGGUUGGUCUCCUUCCAGUUCCCCAUCCAAUUUUGAUCAGGAAAUACCAGGCCAACAGUGGGACUACCAUGUGGUUCAGGACCUAUUUAUGGGGCGUCAUAUACUUAAGAAAUGUUGAUCCCCCAAUUUGGUAUGACACCAAUGUGAAGCUGUUUGAGAUCCAGAGGGUUUGAUCCUCAAGUCUCUAAACAUCUGUGUUGGGAAAUUUUGGUGAUUUUUUUUUUCAUUGGCUCCCUCUUAGUGUGUGUGUUUACAUUUUAUUGUUCAUGUAAUUAAGUAAGACUUUUUAUUUUUUGAUGUAUUUAAUAAGACCAAGUCAAGUUAGAUGUUUACAGAAAGAACAACUUCAUUGUUAAUGUUAAUAAUAUAAUAAAGCUUUUAAAUGACCUCCCCUUCCCCUUGUGUAACCAUUAGUUUGGUGACUUAGAGUGGACUUUGACAAAAGUCAACAACCAAUGGAAGUUUCUAAUAGCAUGCCCCAAGGAUUUAGCAUGCCUCUACAAUGUUAAAUGUCUAAAUGUCAGAAAGACAAAAAGAUAAAGGCACAUUCCUGCCCUCAACAAAAUGUUUUAUCAUGUUUUGUUCCUGAUGAAGGCUUUAGAUGUUGGUUAUAUUUUUAAUUUGUAUUGCAAGACAUUUGUUUUAUUUGUACUUUUCAAGUUAUUGUUAAUCAAAAGAAAAAUUGUUGCUAGACUCUCAUUUCUCUGACUGGGUCGCUGAAAAAACUUAGACAUAAAAAUAAUAUUUUAUGAGAUACAAUUUACGUUAAUAGAAAAAAAAAGUCUAAACUAAUACACUGCCUUUUUUUCUAAACAUUUGUGUAGACUUUGUUGUUGUUAAAACAGGAUUUUUUUUGUUGAUUCUGAAUCUCGGCCCAUACAUUGAAAUUGCCAUAUUAAAACUGAAUGAGUUUUAAACAUGGAAAAACUCAUCAAAACUCUUGUGUGUUUAUUUUAAUCAAUGAAGUUUUGAGGCUUAUGACUUGGUAAAAGAGUGGUUACAUUGGUACAACAUGAAAUGCAGUUGGAGAGAAGACCAAGGGGAGAAAGUCAUGUUGUCUCCUCAAUAUUCUUGUGUUUUCUGAUACCAUUCUAGUGCACAACUUCAUUUCCAACAGUUUUUGUAUUUGUUAACAGAGAAUAAGUCAGAUUGUCUCCUACUCAUGCUAAAUUGUAUACAUAAUAUGUGACCCUGUAUUCCCAUUGUUGUUUGUUAACCAAUUGGUUGGUUAUAUUGGUUUUUAGUGAUUUGUUUUAUUUGGCUGAGGCUCAUCAUUUCAGUUAAUAUUUGAGGGACUUUUCCAUUAAAUUCAUUGUUCAUCACUUGUAGUUUAUAAUUAUAUUGACUAGAUCACUCUCUGUGUUCUAUUAUCUAGUACACAUACAUUUUCAUGAAAUAACCAACCUAUUGAAGUUGUUUUUUUUGCAGUCAGUCACAUGUGAAUUUGAUCUGUGCAAUAUUGCUGUUGAUAAUCGUCAUUUAAACUGCAAUGAAAUGGAAAUUAGCUGCUAUUUUGUUUUGUUCUAUAAGAAACACUGCCCCAAUUCAAAGUUUCUCUAUACCUAUGAGGAUGUCUAUGUUUUUGGGUUUAUUUAUAGUUAGACUUAGAUGGAUUCAAUUAUGUUCUGUGAUAAUUGUGUGAAUUAUAUAUACAUUCAGUCAUUGCUUUGUGUCCAGAAACAUUUUUAAUUACUUACAUGAACACAUGUUGUUCAUUAUAUAAUCUUAUUUAGUUUAUGCAAGUAAUAUUUGUGGAUUUAUGAUUUCUAUUUUUGUUUAUAGUAAAGAUGAUUUUAUUUGUAUGUUGUAAAUGGCCUAAAAAAUGACUUUUUUUUUGUGUGUCAAGUGGGUCUGCAUUGUCUGUUGUAUAUGUGAUUUUAGCAUAAGUAUUUUAAUUUCUAACUCAAAUCAGUUUGUCGAUUUGGUCUUUACCAUUCCUUGUUGUUCAUUCAUUUUUCAGUGACAAAUAAAAGCUGUCCAAAUAAAAGUUGUAACUGUUUAUUUCAAUCUGUAUGCUAAACAUUUCCAUAGAACCUGUACAUGAAAUCAAAUAUAAAACUCAAAUAUAAAACUAAACAAAAUAAAGUUUUUGUUUCAACACAAAAGUGUGUACAAUGGAAUGAUGUCUAGUUGGACUAUUAAAACAAUCUAAAUACUUUUCCAUGUAUAAAUACUGUUAUCACAGUUUGGUAUUAUUACACUGCCACUAUAAGGAAUGUGUUAGUACCUCUAAUGAAUAGUACUCCCAUGCAGCUGACUAUGUUAAAACAAAAAAAAAAAUUAUCUGCCACUAUAAAUAAUCCCUUGUUCACAAUUUAUUUUAUAAUGAUUGGAACAUCUAAUACAAUAAUAAAAGGACGGAGAAUCACAUCAAAAUAAUCUUUUUCUUUACUUAGAAAAAAUCAUCAUCUUUCCUUUGUGUUCCUCUUGGAACAUAGGGCCGCAUAAAAACACACUGAUUUAUUCACAAUGUAAUAAUACAUAAUAUAUCAACAUUUGAAAAUAAAUGUUCAGAUGUUUUGGCUGGUAUGUCAACACACAUUUUAAAACAUCAAUCAUGAAUAUAAAAAAAAAAUUAUGUUUUUAUAUAUGCAAUAUAUAUUAUACUAUCAGAAA